AUGGACGCGGAGUUGAAGGCGGCGAAAACCGCAUACCGACACGCCAAGACGGAGGGGAACCACCGUGAGGAAGCACGGUGGGCCAACGUCAUCGGCGACAUACUGAAAAACAGAGGAGAAUACGUCGAAGCCCUCAAAUGGCUUCGAAUCGAUUACGACGUUUCGCUCAAGCAUUUGCCGGAGAAACACUUGCUCCCAACUUGCCAAUCCCUCGGCGAAAUCUAUCUCCGUCUCGAACAAUUCUCCGAUGCGCUAAUUUACCAGAAAAAACAUCUAGAGCUUGCGAGGGACGCUAACGACCUCGUUGAGCAACAAAGAGCGAGCACGCAACUCGGUCGCACUUACCACGAACUGUUCUCGCGAUCAGAUCACGACCAUAACUCGAUUCGCAACGCUAAGAAGUAUUUCAAGUGCGCGAUGGAGCUAGCGGUGGAUCUCAAGGAGAACCCUCCCAACAACAAGUCUUCUUUUCUCAAGGAAUACAUAGAUGCUCACAACAACAUUGGCAUGCUGGAAAUGGAUCUUGAUAACUUGCACGAGGCGCGGAAGAUCUUAACGAAAGGAUUGGAUAUUUGUGACGAAGAGGAGAUUAGUGAAUUUGAUGAUGGACGCAGCAGGCUGCAUCAUAACCUUGGGAAUGUGUAUAUGGAACUAAGGAAUUGGGAUGAAGCUAGAAAAAAUAUCAAGAGGGAUAUUCAGAUUUGUAACAGAAUUGGACACCGUCAAGGGGAAGCCAAGGGCUAUAUUAAUCUUGGUGAAGUGCAUUACAGGACUCAGAAGUAUGAAGAAGCGCGGUCUUACUACGAGAAGGCGCUUGCUUUGGCAAAGACAUUGGAAGACGAGGAUGCUUUGGUUAGGCAAAUUGAGCAGAAUAUUGAAACUCUGAGAGAAGCUGUUAAAGUGAUGGCUGAUAUAAAGAAAGAACAGCAGAACCUUAAAAAACUCAAAAGAGAUAUAGCCACUGCCAGGGGGACACCACAUGAGCGCAAAUGUUUGCUGCUGCAAAAUGCGUCUCUUGAACGCCUUGUUGAGAAAACAAGGAUGAUCUCUGCGUGGGAGAAGGUAUCAACUCCUUGUGAAGCUAUGAUAUAUUUAAUAAUAAUAAUUAACCUUAAGUGUGACCUUUCUGACUAAUCAAUGUUUUGUUAGCAUUGUGAAUUUGCUAAGGAGAAGAAGAAAAUAGCAAGUGAACUCUGUGAUAGGCAAAGGCUAGGUGACACAUAUAUGGAUGUUGCAGAAUCAUACCAGAAGCUCAGAAAAUUCAACAAGGCAAUCAAAUGGUACAAAAAGAGUUGGGAAAUGUACAAAACAAUUGGUAACUUAGAGGGGCAAGCACUGGUGAAAAUUAAUAUUGGUAAUGUUUUAGAUUCUACUCAUAAUUGGAGAGAAGCCUUGGAUGCAUUUCAAGAGAGCUACAGGAUUGCUGUUGAAGCAGAUCUUCCUGAUGUCCAACUCUCUGCCUUGGAAAAUAUGCAUUAUAGCAAUAUGAUCAGAUUUGAUGAUGAGGAUGAGACGAGGAGGUUGAAGCUUCUAAUUGAUAAGCUGAAGAAAUCAGAAGAAAAAGAGCCAGAAGCUAAAAGUAUGCCAGAGGAUUGUUGCUCUGAGACUGAUACUGAAGCAGAUGAUUAUCUGUCAAAUAGUGGGUCGGAUGAUGUUUGCUUUCCAAAGAAAUUUUCUAGAUCAAAAACUCUGACCAGUGGAAAAGAAUUGAAAGAUGACUUGCCUCUUAUGUCACUUUAUGGCUCCAUAAAAGGUUCAUCCAGAAAUAUAGCAGGCCACAUGAAAAGUUUUACCAACUCUACCAAGCAAGCUGAGCACUCACCCAGAAGUCAGGAAAAUACAACCAGCAACCAUCAGACAGUUGUUGGUCGGAAACGUGUCCGUAUAAUUCUUUCUGAUGAUGAUGACGAGGAGGAGGAGGAGUGUUCAAGCAGAAAGGAUCGUGACUUCUUGUCAGAGGACUUGCCUAAUUGUGAUGCAAACACGAGUAGAGCUAGUCCUUGUAAAAUUCAGGUUAUCUUAGAGAAGGGAUCUAAGUGUGCAAUUAAUGUUGAAGAAAGUAGUAGUUCUUUCAAAUGCUCGAGUCCACAUACAGACACUAAAACUGGAAGACAUUCCAAGUCCUUGAGCAAUGAUAUAGUUGCUGAACCUGAUUUUCGUAAUGGUUCUAAAUGUGACACAGAUGUCUCUGGCAAACAAAUUGGUAUUGCCCAUCCAAUGCCACAUCAUUCCCAAAAUGAUCAAUAUAUUACUUGCCGGAUUGGGAAUGAUCUAAUACACGUAGAAGCAACCUUGUGUACCACUGGUAAUCAGUUGAAAGUUGACUCUUUGAAGGCCGUACUUGCAUGCUUAUACUACCUACAAUAUCCAACAGAAAAGAGAUCAGAGGGUUUGUUGCCCAUUAUUGAGCAUAUCAAAUGUGCUGGAAGAGAUCUCGAAUCGCUUGAAACAACUCAAAAUCUUAAGGAACUACUGGGAAAUGACAUGGUUGAAGCUUCUGUUGAUGGAUGGAUUCACAAGCGCCUGAUAAAAAUGUACAUAGACUGCUGUAAGGAGUUGUCUGAGGUACCAAAUAUCAAGGUACUGAAGAAACUUUACAAUUUAGAGGUGUCAGAUGAUGAAAUUGUGGUUUCUGACUGUGACCUGCAAGAUUUGUCUAUUACACCGUUGAUAAAUGCCCUGCAUUCCCAAAAGUCAUUUGCAAUGCUUGACCUCUCACACAAUUUGUUAGGAAAUGGGACAAUGGAGAAACUUCAAAAGGUGUUCACAGAAUCAAGUCAAUCUUAUGGUGGCUUAAGUCUUGAUUUGCAUUGCAAUCGAUUUGGCCCGACAGCUUUGUUUCAGAUUUGUGAAUGCUCUGUUCUAUAUGCUCGCCUAGAAGUGCUUAACCUUUCUGGAAACCGUCUUACUGAUGCGUGUGGAUCUUAUCUAUCAACAAUCUUAAAAAAGUGUACGGCUCUUUGUAGCUUGAAUGUAGAGAACUGUUGUAUCACAUCCAGAACUGUUCAAAAGAUUGCUGAUGCAUUGGACUCUAGAUCUGUACUUGCCCAUCUUUGUAUAGGACACAACAGCCCUGUAUCUGGAAAUGCUAUUGUCAAUCUUCUGUCCAAGCUUUCUACUUUGAAAAGGUUUUCUGAGUUGAAUAUGAGUGGUCUAAAACUAGGCAAACCAGUUGUCGAUACCCUUUGCAAGCUUGCAGGGGCCUUAACUUUGUCAGGACUGAUACUUGGAGGCACGGGUGUUGGAACUGAAGGGGCAAUAAAAUUGGCAGAAUCAUUGCUCAAAGGGACUGAAGAACUUGUGAAACUUGACCUAUCAUAUUGCGGUCUAACAUCUAACUGUGUUUUAAACAUCGGUGCUAAUUUUUUUUGUUCCAUCCUUGAGCUGAACCUGGAAGGAAAUCCUAUUAUGUCUGAGGGUGGCAAUGCUUUAUUUUCUCUUCUCGUAAACCCACAAUGCUGUCUCAAAGUUUUGGUCCUUAGAAAGUGUCAACUUGGGCUUGCUGGAGUUCUUCACGUAAUUGAGGCUCUGGCAGAGAAUAGCUGCCUGGAAGAGCUGAAUCUUGCUGAUAAUUCUGUUCUAAACGAAGUUUCUGCUCUACAAUAUGAUUUAUCAGUAAAAAGCUGUUCACAAAACCAGGAGCAGAAACUUAAUACAGGUCUGUCAAUCCAGGAGCAGAAACUUGAUACCAUGGAAGUUGAUGAUAAUCAAGAGGUCCUUUGCUCCCUAAACACUACCUACCAUCAGCUGGAAGUUGCUGAUAGUGAAGAUAUGGCAGUUAGAGCAGAAGCUACUGCUUCUGGAAUUGACGACAGCUGUGCCAGUUCAUGUCAAAGAAAUUCAUCUCCCGAGUGCCAUUUCAUACAACAGUUUUCAAUUGCUAUUGGUAAGGCGGCAAACUUGCAAUUACUGGACCUUAGCAAUAAUGAUUUUUCUGCACAAGCUGCAGAAACAUUCUAUGGUUCAUGGACAACUUUACGACACCUUUCAAGUCAGAAGCACAUUAAUGAGCAGAUUAUUCAUUUCUCAACGAAGGAAAACAAGUGCUGCAGAGUGAAACCUUGCUGCAAGAAGGUUUGAUUAGUAGCCCCCAUGCUAGUAUCCACACCAAAGAAUAAGAGCCAAUUCACCAGUCAAUGUUUGAGGGCAUUUUUAUGAAUAAAAAGGCGUUUAUUGCUCUGCUUAUAAAUGUAUCAUCGACAGCUGUAAUUUA